CAGACCAAAAUUAUUGAAUUCACAGACACUCAUGGUGUGUUCAGUGUACUGUGUUUCUAGGUGUUGAAAUCCGCCUUGGCUCAGAAUCUCCGAGCGUGGGACAGGAACUUUGCUUUUUGUUAAUUUUUAAUAGAUCUGUCCUCUGAUUCUCUUCAAUCUGCUGGAUUUGGAGGUAAAUCUUCUGCUUUAAGGCACUUAAGAGGACACCAGUGGAGAGCGUGGAUCACUGAUGAUUGACAGUCUUAAGACCUUCAACCUAACAAGUGAGUCUUGUUUUAUUUAUUGAAAUAUUUGUGCAGAAGUAGAGGCGUGUAUCUGGGUUAUAGGUUUGCUGAAGACUGUUUAACACAGUUGUGUCACUGAGAACUUUCUGUGGUUUUUGUGUCAUUUUGACAGGCUGGAAAUAUGUGUGGUGGUACCUUCAGUAGAUGUGCACUCCUAGCACUGCUGGUGGCUGCAGCCUGGGCAGACCACCACCAUUCUGAACACAGCCAUACAGAAGACCAUAAGUUGUCUUCCCCCAAUGCCGACUUUGCCUUCGCUCUCUACAAAAGUCUGAAUGCCAAGACUGAUGCUGGGAAGAACAUCUUCUACUCCCCACUGGGCAUUUCCACUGUGCUGUCCAUGGUGUCUGCAGGGUCUCGAGGGGAAACCCACAGCCAGCUCUUCUCCGGCUUGGGCUACAGCGCCUUAAAUCAGUCUCAAGUGGAUGAAGCGUACAAGCAUCUCUUUGAAAUCCAUGUAAAGAACGAUGAAGAUCUACAGCUGGAUGUGGGGAACGCUGCUGCUGUCCGCUCCGGCUUCAGUCCUAGGGAAGAGUUCUUGAACGAUGUCAGACAGUCCUACUCUGGUGAGAUCUUCAGCAUCGACUUUAACAAUCCUGCUCAGGCUGCAGCUGAGAUCAACGGAUUUAUAGCAAACAAAACCCAUGACAAGAUCAGAGAUAUGGUGAAGGACCUGGAUCCUCUUACUGCUAUGGUGCUGAUCAACUACGUCUACUUUAAAGGUAAGGAAGGAAAUUCACUCUGAUCGACUUUAUGAUGAAUUUUUAACAUCCUUGUGUGAGUGCAGCUGACAAAAACAAUCAGGGUGAAAUAAUCAACUUUUUCAAGUAACUUACAUUGACAGUUAAAUUUUCAAAUCAGGUCUCAAGAUGGAACCAGUUGACACUGUGCAAACUAGCAACACAUAGAUCCUCAUUUGCAUGAACAUGUUUUGAUUGGUUGAAGGUCUGCAUAACAAAUCCCCAGUCAAAUAGCCAUGUGCAAGCAGGACAAUAACAGAAUUAGAUUUCAGUCAUUGUUGGACAGAGAAACGAGCCAACUAUCAUGAUUUCAUGUUAAAGUAGGAACCCUUUGAGUAGAAAUGACAGUGUUUAUUUGAUGAAAGUGAUGAAAUGUUGGUUUUCAUUUCCAGAGGUGUGUAUUUCAUAUAAUCUAUUAGUGGUUUCAGGUUUGUGUUUGCAUUAAAAUAAAGUUGAAUGAUUAAAAAUGAGACUUCUGUCACAUUUGUGUCUUGCUCAGGAUUGUGGAAGAACCCUUUUAAGAGUAGGAUGACACAAAAGAUGGACUUCAAUGUGGACAAGACCACCAAAGUCAAAGUAGACAUGAUGCAUAGGAAGGGCACCUACAGCACUUACUGGGACAAUGGAAACCACACCACUGUCGUCAUGCUGCCCUACAAAGGUAACUGCUCCAUGAUGAUCGUCCUGCCUGAUGAAGACAAGAUGAAGGAGGUGGAGGGAUACAUCAACAAGGACUACAUCAGGCACUGGAGAGACUCAGUAUCCAUGGAGUAAGUAAGAUGUAGAGUCUUGAUUGGUUGAGGACGGUCCAGUGACCUUUUACUAUUAAAAGAGGGAGGAGAAAGUUACAGAAACAGGUCUUUCUGAUCUGAACAAACCUACUCAGUUAUUUUUGAUUUUGGCCAGAUUUCACUCCCCUCUUUGCAAUUCCACAUCUGCCUCUACUGGCUCUCCUCUCUCCACCUGAAGACUGUCUUUGACAUCAGUGAUGUCUUGUGUUUCUCAGGUAUAUAAGGCUGCUCCUGCCAAAGUUUUCCGUCUCUGUCGACGCCCCCUUGGAAAGCACUCUGAAAGAAAUGGGCAUAACCGACGCUUUUGAGGACAAGGCUGAUUUUUCUGGCAUUUCUGAUAUGAAGCUCAAAAUCUCAAAGGUAAGAGAUUAUCCCUUCUCUGUUUCUGCCCUGAACUCUACCACCUGAGAUCUCCACAGUCCAAGUGUCCAACUAUAUUGAACACAGACUGCAUGAUACCAACAAGACUUCCUUUUCUCUCCUUCACAGGCGUCCCACAAGGCCAUGAUCAGUGUAACUGAGAUGGGAACAGAGGCAGCAGCUGUCAGCAUCAUGGAAAUUAACUUCUUAAUUUUGCCUCGAUCUGUAAGAAUUAACAGACCUUUCUUAGUUUUUAUCCUGGAGCACUUCACCGGGAGCAUCCUGUUCAUGGGCAAGAUCAGCGACCCGACAGCCAUGUGAGAAGUCUUCGAUGAUCUUAAGAGUUAUCACAAAGAUCUCAUCAUGUUUGAGUUUAUGACUUUACACCUUAUUAUAUAUACGACUGCUUUUAUCAAAAGUUAAUGUAUAAGAGAAAAUGCAAUUAUCUGUGUACAUUUUUGUAAACCCCAACCGUAAGAUGAUUCCAUUUUUUUAAAAGAUUUAUGUAAUGGAAAAAAAAAUCAUAUAUUUGGGUCAAAAUAAUAAAAAAGAAAAAAAAAAAAAGAUCUAUAAUAGAUUAGAAAAAUCAUUUGGAAUCAAAUAAUAAAAAAAUUCAACAUUGUGUACUUCUGAGUGUACAUUUGCAGGUUUUAUUUUUACUUUGCAUAAGUGUCUUGAAUAGACAAAUUAAAAAAUAAAUCUGUUUUAAAGCUCCUGUGA